CAUGUACACAGUGGGGUGUUCGGUUGCCAUGGUGACAGCGGGCAAUAAACUCUUCAGAAACGCCGCUGAGGAACGAAGCGAGGAGUUUUUUAGACCGCGUGGAGUGUAAUGGACAGGCGCAGUGUUGCUCAUGUUUAUAAUCCUCUUCAGCCUUUACACAUAAACAGCUGUAAGAAUGCACCACUUCCCCCUCUUCUCCAGAGACGGGUGCCUGGACCCCUACAUUACAACGUCACCUCCCACACGGAGCACGAUCACAAACCCGUGGAUGGUGUAUUGAGUAAUGUCAUCUAUUCGAAAGCGUCUCCUCACUGGCACACACAUUUCCUGAAUGACCUGGCUCAAAAGCUGCGGGACAGCCGAUCAGUCAGGCUUGUCUCUGGGCCGCCUGUCAGUGAGAUGCAGGAGCAGUACAGUGGACGAUCAGCACGGUACGAGCCUCUGGAGCCUCAGGACAGGACGUUGCAGGCACUGCAUGGACAGCUCCAUCAGUCUUCAGUUCUGCUGCCCAGAGAGCCGGCGCUCAGCACUGCUCACACCGAGUACAGACACUUCAGCAGGUCUGAACUGGCUCCUCUCUCCGCCUCGGAUGCUUUGCCCACCCGUGGACCCUUCACCAAGCGUGCCGCACUGAUCCCCCUCUACCCUUACAAGGCCACGCCCGGCACCUACUCUCAGCUCCGGUUGCCACGCCCACUUGUACCGGUACCCCGUGGAGGCAGAAGCAGCGUAUACAUGGAUAGUUUCAGUGUACCUGCGCCUCUGCCCAUGUCAUCCACCCAUGUGGCUGUCCUUGCUGGGACAAAACACACCGAGGAGAGUGGGCGGAGCUUACUGCAACACAUCCUGGACGUGCCCGAGAUGUACGGCACAGAGAAUCAGACGUAUGGGAAAGGGAGGAUGGUGCUCGUGUGAGACAGAGCACACUGCAUUCAUUAUUAACCAGAUCUAGCCAUUUCUGUCCAGUUGUUUAAUAAUGGAUGUCGAGGUUAAAUUAAAUAUCAAUGAUUUUUAAAAAUCCAAA